AUGCUCAACGUGAAAAAUGUUAGUGUAUUCGAUACAUUUACACCUGAAACAUUUGGUUCUGAACAAAUUUACUUUGAUCAAAUACUAGAAUUCAGCAAUCGACAUUUAAAUAGAAUAACUAGUGAUUUGCAUCGUAUAUCAUUAUCAUUAAGAUUUCAUUCACCAGCCGUACAAAUGAUGAGAAAAAUGGCAAUGGAUACGCAGAUGACAAGAGAAUGUUCAAUAUUUGUUGAUAUACAUGGUUCCUAUUCUUGUGAUGUCAACGAUAUUGAGAAUCUUCUUAUAACAGCGACAAACAGGCCCAAAACACUCUUGUUACCGUUUGAUCAUCAUUAUCUGGGUUCAAACAUAAGUCAAACAGUAACUGUUAUUUUGUAUGCUGAUUUUGGAAAUCAAAAUGAAUUUCGACCAUUUCAUGAAAAAUUAUCAUCAUUAGCAGAAACUGGUCAAAUUGAUUAUAUUCUGCGACAUUAUGUUAAAUCUUUAGUUGAUAAACGAAAAGUGCGUUUAUCUGGUUAUGGUGUUGAAUUACAAAUAAAAAGUACCGAAUAUAAAGCGAAAGAUGAUUCAGCAAUUAAAGAUGAUCAAUAUGAUGAAACAUUUGACAAUGAGAAAUCAAAAAAUGAGGAUACACAAGGAUUUUUGUUUGGAAAUUUAAAAGAACUCUAUCCAGAGUUAACAUCCGAACUGAAUGAAUAUCGAACAUAUUUAAUUGAUAGUGCAGAUGUUAUGGCACCACUCAAAGCAUGGCAAAUGCAAGAUCUUAGUCUACAGUGUGCUUAUCGUGCAUUUUCCGCACCAAUAGAUGAUGUACUCAAUGUUCUACUUGAUCUUUCACAAAAUUUUCCAUCUCGUGCACGUAUGUUAUCCAAAGUAAAAAUCGAUCCAGCAUUUCGUGACGCACAUAAAUCAAAUCAAGAUGAAUUUCGUUCAUCACAUAAUAUUGAAAAUGGUGAUUCAUCAUUUUUUAUUAAUAAUAUUCAACAAUCAUUGGAUACAACUGAUUUGUAUGUAUUACUAACUGUAUUAUUAAACGAAGGACAAAUGAUGGAACGUUUACAUUUAGUUGGUUUAAAAAAACCACAUAUUCGUCAACUGUUAACAUCAGAAUUGAACAUUCAAACAAUUAAUUAUAUCUUAGAUUUUCGUGAUGAAGCUAUAUUAUGGUUGAAUAAUAUUGAAAAAGAUAGUGAAUAUGAUCAUUGGCCUAGAAGUCUAUUUGAUAUAUUAAGAAAUAAUUUUUUUGGUGGAUUAAAAACUGUACGUAAAAAUUUAUACAAUUUAAUAUUAAUUAUUGAUCCAUCAUCGAGUGAAGCAUCGUAUGAUCUAUUAAAACAUAUUGAAUCGUAUCUUGUACAUCAAUUACCCAUACGUAUUGGUCUAUUAUUUGUCACUACAGGAACAGAUAAUGAUGAUUUUGGUCGUGCUCUCUAUCGUUCAUUUCGUUAUGUAGUAGAUCAGAGUGGUGCUGUGAAAGCAUUAUCAUUCAUCAAUGAUGUUUAUAAAACAAAACAACAAACAGCGGAAGAUAUUAAACAAUUAUUUAAAAAAACAAUUAAAUUUAGUGGUAAUAUUGAUUUAAUAUUUGGUGAUGACUCAAAAUAUGAUAAUGGUAGACAAGAAAUGAAUAAUUAUUUUGAACGUAGUGGAUUAAAUUCUGUACCACAAGUAUUAUUCAAUGGUAAUCCUUUAUCACACGAUGAAUUAUUACCAACAGCAUUUGAAGAUGUUAUAACAACGCGCAUGCUUCGUAUGCAAUUUGAUAUACAACAGCAAGUGUAUCAUGGACAAUUAAAUGAUCAAAUGGAUAUGAUUGAAAUGUUAAAUAAUAAACCAAAUGUAGUUAAGCGUUUAAAUCAACGAAUAUUUGCACCAAUAUUAUCUUCUUAUGUUGAUUUAUCUUUUCUACAUGGAAAUGCAUUAAAUUUAUACGAUUUGGAAACAUUUUUGAAAUUAAGUGUUCGUGAACAAGCAGCAAGCAUAAUGGCACACACUUAUUAUCUAGGAAAACGAGAUGAACUUGGUCAGCCGUUAUAUCCAAUCACAUUAUGGUUAGCGUGUGAUCUUGAUCGAUUAGAUGGUAGAUUAUUAUUUACAAAUGCCUUGAUCUAUCUCAAAAGUAAUACUCACGCUCGACUAGGAUUAUUGGCCUCAUUUAGUUCUGAAUCUGAACCUGGCAGUCAUCCAAUCACAAAAGCUGUUUAUACAGCUAUCCGAAUGUUAUCACCACCGAUUGCUCGUAAUUUCAUCAUGAAAUUGCUAAAAGAAACGACUAUACAAGAUUUGAUGGAAAAACGAAAAACAUGGGAUGAUAUUGGUGUCAGUGGCUUAAGCGGUUCAGUAUUAGAAAAGGAAAUUUCUUCAUUCAAUAAUAGCAUCUUUCAGUCACAUAUGGUUUUCUUAGAAAAAGGUCUUAAUUUACCAAAAGGUUCACGUUCGGUGAUUGUAAAUGGUCGUAUAUUGGGUCCAUUGCGAGAAAACGAAAUAUUUACGGAAGAAGAUUUUGUUUUACUUGACAAACACAUGUCCGAAACAAUCAAUAAUAAACUUGUGCGUACAGUAACCAAUUUACAAUUAUUUGAUGAUCCAUCAGUCUUAUCUGACUUGUUAAUGAGAAUAUCAUCAAUUAUUGGACAAAGUGAUAAAAAUGUUGUUCGAAAACAACCACCACAAGUACAAUCAAUGAAAGCAAGUGUUCAUUUACCAGCUUCCAAUGACGAUGAACCGUCAUUUUUAGUCGAAGUUGUGGUUGAUCCAGCUAGUCGUGAUGGUCAGCGUUUAAUUUCAUUGAUUGUUGCACUUAAACAAUCAAUUAACAUUGAUUUAACGAUCCAUUUCAAUUGUAAACUACAAUUAUCAGACAUGCCAUUGAAAAGUUAUUACCGAUACGUUUUUGAUCAACAGCAACAGCGACCAUCGGCGAUAUUCAGAGAUUUACCCGAGAGUCCUAUAUUAACACUUGGCAUGAUAACACCGGAAUCAUGGAUGGUUGAAGCUGUUAUGUCUCCAUAUGAUUUGGAUAAUAUUCAUUUACAAGAAGUACCAUUAGGCGUGAAUGCAAAUUUUGAAUUAGAAUAUUUACUUAUUGAAGGUCAAUGUUAUGAUGAAACACAAAACUAUCCAAGAGGUUUACAGCUCACAUUGGGAACAAACUCGACACCAAAUAUAUUUGAUACUAUAGUUAUGGCUAAUUUGGGGUAUUUCCAAUUGAAAGCUUAUCCUGGCGUAUGGGUACUAAAUCUACGUGAAGGUCGUUCAUCCGAAUUAUAUACGAUAACAGCUCAUGACAAUACCGAUUCAUCUACUCGUACAACUCAACCAGUGAUUGUUGGCAUACGUUCAUUUGAUGCGCGAUGGAUUAAAAUUUAUGUUACUCGUACCACUGGAACAGAAAACGAAAAACUGUUGGAGGAUUCGGAUGAUAGUCCGUCAUCAGGUGGAAGUAUAUGGGAUUCGUUUUCUUUUGGUUCAUCAGUAACAACGGCUGGAAAAUCAACGAAAAUAGAUGACAUAGAUGAUCAAGAUACUCUAAAUAUAUUUUCUGUAGCAAGCGGUCAUUUAUAUGAACGCUUACUUCGAAUUAUGAUGUUGAGUGUACUAAAAAAUACUAAAAAACAUGUUAAAUUUUGGUUUCUAAAAAAUUUUUUAUCACCAGCAUUCACCAGUUUUUUACCGUAUUAUGCUAAAACGUAUAAUUUUGAUUAUGAAUUAGUUCAUUACAAAUGGCCAAAAUGGCUUACGGUACAACCGACCGAGAAACAACGUGUCAUUUGGGGCUACAAGAUAUUAUUUCUCGAUGUAUUAUUUCCAUUGAAUUUGAAAAAGGUUAUAUUUGUUGACGCCGAUCAAGUUGUUCGUGCAGAUCUGGCUGAAUUACGUGAUCUUGAUUUACAUGGUGCCCCUUACGGUUAUACACCAUUUUGUGAAAGUCGAAAAGAAAUGGAUGGCUACAGAUUUUGGAAAACUGGUUAUUGGUCAACUCAUUUAGGACAUAGACGAUAUCAUAUUAGUGCAUUGUAUGUUAUUGAUUUGAAAAAAUUUCGAAAGAUUGCUGCAGGUGAUCGUCUACGAGGUCAAUAUUAUGGUCUUAGUCAAGAUCCAAAUUCAUUAUCAAAUCUUGAUCAAGAUCUACCAAAUAAUAUGAUCCAUCAAGUAAAUAUUUAUUCAUUACCCGAAGAAUGGUUGUGGUGUGAGACUUGGUGUGAUGAUAAUUCAAAGAAAAAAGCGAAAACAAUUGAUUUGUGUAAUAAUCCAAUGACAAAAGAACCAAAACUGAAUGCUGCUACGCGUAUCAUCAGUGAAUGGGAUUCAUAUGAUCAAGAAAUAAAAUCUACAAUGUCAAAAUGGGAAUUAGAAGGAAAACCAAAUUUAAUUGAUACACGACUUCGUCAUAUUGUCGAUGGUGAUGAUAGUCUAAGAACUGCUACGACGGUGUCAAACACAGAGGAAAGCAUUCCAAAUAUACAUGACGGAACAGAAUUGUGA